AUAUACCCAAUUCCCAUCCCGUGCGAAGAGAAGGCAAUCGAAAAGACGCCGUGCAGUGUCUGCCGCGCUCGUCCUGCUCUCCGUUGUUGCGAUUUAAUUGCAAACCUGUUCCUUCGCCACUGCAAUAAAGAUACCGGAGGAGGGGAAUCGGAUUCUUUAAUCUCGAUCGAGAUCAACAUUUUGGAUUUCUCUUUGUUGUUUUUGGACUUAGCUCUGUGAUAUUACUUAGAUUGUUAAGAUUGCUACGAAAUGAGACAUCGCUGCGACGUUCUAGUUCUCUUAUUUUAAACACUGUCAAGAGAAAUCAUUCUGCGAAGUUUGCGUUAAGAAAUCUCCAUGAUUCGUAAACGCUUUCAAGAAGCUAAAACAGGCCUGCAACUGGUGAAAUCGAUGAGAGCCGAAAGGUUCUUGAAGAAAGUUGGAUUGGGCAGAGAGGAUCGUUACUUCUGGAAGCAAAUUGGAAAGGCUCUGUUAUUUUCGUAUACUCUGAUCGGUGUUGCAUGGCUUUACAACGAAACAUCACCAUUUGGCUGGUGGACGCUGAAGCCACGGUCCAAGGCAGAGAAAGAUUUGGCUCACCUCUAUGAGCGUAGGGAGUUUCCAUAUCCAGGUGAUGAAGAAGCUAUGGAGGAUUUCAUUGCGAAGGGGGGAAUGAUCGGAACUGCCAUCGGUCCAAAGGGGGUGAUUGAUUUUGAUAAGGAUUCUUUCAAUUAUCAGAAAGAAUUAGAGAACAAUAAGCUCGAGCAAGAGGCCCAGAAGCUAUGGUUCAGGAUGAGGAACGAGGUUAUUUCAGAGCUUCAGGGGAAGGGCUACGAUGUUGAGUGAGGUAAUUCUUGAAUGGAAGCAUGAAAAUUUCUGAUUGCCUAAUUUGUUCAUGUGUUCUUGUUGUGAAAGUUCUGAAUACCCAUCUGCUUGAAUGCUUCCUGUUUGAUGCGUUUGCAGUCGUCUCUGUCAUGUACUUGAAUCUAAACACUAAAAGGAUUAGUAUUAGAGUUGAAAAUUUCUGGCCUUUUGAUAUCAA